GAAGCUGCUGAGGACCUACAGCACACGCCGCCGCCAUGGUGAUGUCCCAAGGCACCUACACGUUCCUCACGUGCUUCGCCGGCUUCUGGCUCAUCUGGGGUCUCAUUGUCCUGCUCUGCUGCUUCUGCAGCUUCCUGCGCCGCCGUCUCAAACGGCGCCAGGAGGAGCGACUGCGAGAGCAGAACCUGCGCGCCCUAGAGCUGGAGCCUCUGGAGCUCGAGGGCAGCAUGGCCGGGAGUCCCCCGGGCUUGGCACCGCCGCCACCACCGCAUCGCGGCCGCCUGGAGGCGCCGGCGCACGCGCAUCCACAUGUGCAUGUGCACCCCCUCAUGCACCACGGGCCCGCGCAGCCGCACACGCACCCACAUCCGCACCCUCACCACCACGCGCUGCCGCACCCGCCGCCGCCGCACCUCUCGGUGCCUCCCCGGCCCUGGAGCUACCCGCGCCAAGCGGAAUCGGACAUGUCCAAGCCACCAUGUUACGAAGAGGCGGUGCUGAUGGCAGAACCGCCGCCGCCCUACAGCGAGGUGCUCACAGACACGCGCGGUCUCUACCGCAAGAUCGUUACGCCCUUUCUGAGCCGCCGCGAUAGUGCGGAAAAACAGGAACAGCCGCCACCCAGCUACAAGCCGCUCUUCCUGGACCGGGGCUACACCUCUGCGCUGCAUCUGCCCAGCGCCCCCCGGCCCGCGGCGCCCUGCCCCGCCGCCCUCUGUCUGCAGGCCGACCGGAGCCGCCGGGUUUUCCCCAGCUGGACCGACUCAGAGCUCAGCAGCCGCGAACCCCUGGAGCACGGAGCUUGGCGCCUGCCGGUCUCCAUCCCCUUGUUCGGGAGGACUACAGCCGUAUAGAGGGGCGCCCGGCAUCCUGGGCCCCACUGGCGAACUCCAGGCCUGACUGCGGGGCUUUUUAAAUGCUUCCCUUGAACUGUGGGGGAGAGGGGAGGGAGGGAUUUCAUACCCCGUUUGUUACAUUUUGAGGAUAAUAAAGGUGUGUGAUCUGCUUUGGUACAA